AUGGACAUCCACAGGUGCCGGUUCGUGGGGUAUCCUGCGUCGGCCAUCAACGCCGUCGCCUUUACGCACGCGUCGCUGCCGGCCGUCGGCGCCAACAAGAAAUUCCUCCACAAGCACAUCCAGGUCCGCCUCGCCAUUGGGAGAGCCAACGGCGACAUCGAGAUCUGGAACCCCCUCAAUGGCGCCUGGCACCAGGAGCUCGUCAUCCCCGGCGGAAAAGACCGCAGCGUCGACGGCCUGGUCUGGGUCACGGAUCCCGACGAGGAGCUGGCCGACGGCAAGACCCUCCACGGCAGGUCGCGCCUGUUCAGCAUCGGCUACACCACCGCCAUCACAGAAUGGGAUCUCGAGAAGGCUUGUGCCAAGAAGCAUGCCAGCGGCCAACACGGCGACAUCUGGUGUCUCGGUGCCCAGCCUCUCUCCACGACCACCAAGGGCUCCAAGGCCAAGACCGCCGUCAUCAACCCCGGUUCCAGGAAGUUGGUUGCCGGCACCGUCGACGGCAAUUUGGUACUCUACUCGAUCGAGGGCGGCGACUUGAAAUUCCAGCAGUCCCUCAUCAGAACCCCCUCCAAAAAGGUCAAGAUGGUCAGCAUCGCUUUCCAGUCGCCCACCGUCGUCAUCGUCGGCUGUUCUAACAGCACAAUAUACGCCUACGACAUCCGCAAUGGGACGCUGAUAAGGCAGAUGACGUUGGGCUCGGAUCUGUCUGGCGGCCCCAAGAACGUCAUUGUGUGGUCCGUCAAGUGCUUGCCCAGCGGCGAUAUUGUAUCUGGCGACUCCACCGGCCAGGUGUGCAUCUGGGAUGGCAGGACAUAUACACAGGCGCAGCGCAUACAGAGCCACAGUCAGGAUGUCCUGUGCCUCGCCGUCAGUGCUGACGGCUCCAAGAUUGUCUCGGGUGGCAUGGAUCGGCGGACAGCCCUGUACGAGCCCAUGGCGGGCCAGGCCGGACGCUGGUCCAAGGUGUUCCACCGGAGGUACCACGGUCACGACGUCAAGGCCAUGGCUUCUUUUGAGGGCAAGGGGAUGAGCAUCGUCGUGUCUGGAGGCCCCGAUGCAAGCCCUAUAGUCUUCCCCCUUCGCGGGGCAGGCAACGAGUUCCACAGAACGCUGCCGCAUCUACCGCAAAACAUCCCUCUGCGGAGCGCUCUCAAGGCCCGUUUCAUGCUCAGCUGGUGGGGCAACGAGAUUCGAAUCUGGCAUCUAGCAAGCCCGGCCCAGGAGAUGUUGGACGAUCCGCAUGCCACCAGCUCGCGCAAGAACCGAAAUCUUCUUGCCCAGAUUCUAGUCAAGGGGGAGUCCGACAUUGCCUCUGCCGCCAUCAGCCAGGACGGCACUCUUUUAGUCGCCUCGACUGCUACGGAACUGAAAGCGUUUAAACUCAAAUUUGACGGAGGCAAACUCCAGAUCAAGAAAGUGGACAUGACAGUCGCAACGCGUGGCGCCACCAGGGUUGAGAUCUCUCCUGACGGCCUCUGGGUAUCAUGGAUUGAAGAGGGGAGCAAAGUCAUGAUUGCUAGAGUAGCGACGAGUGUGUCAUCCUACGCAAUUUCCGCACCACAAAAGCUGCACCGGCUCGGACGCCAGAUCCCCAAGCACCUCCUUUUGGGCGGCCUCGGGUCCUACGACCGGAACGUCGCGCAGAUGAUCUUCUCCCCCGAUAGCAGGAUGCUCGCUAUUGCUGACCUGGCUGGAUACAUCGACACCUGGGUCCUACGCGCCCCCGACGAGAAGGAGCACAUUGCCAGUAGAGAAGCGCUAGAUGGCGAACAAUCCGAUGAAUCCUCGAGCGACUCGUCAGACGACGAGAUGGGAGUCGACGAGGGCAGUGAGAGGUGGAUUCGCAAUCCCAAGGCAGCUCUGCUCCCCAAGUUAACUUCGGCACCUGUGGUGCUCUCAUUUUCUACCGCCUCUGGGCCCGACUCGGCCGUGCCGGGUCAUGCGGAUGGCGACUACGCCCUUCUGGCGAUCACCACGAUGAAGCAAGUUUUUGUCUUUAACCCCCUUCGCGGUUCCCUCUCAGAGUGGUCUCGCCGGAACACCUAUCAUAAACUACCCGAGCAAUUUCGUGUCACGCGCGACCUCGUCAAGGGCGUGGUAUGGCAGGGCACAAGGGCCUGGAUCUACGGCAUCUCAUUCCUGUUCAUGCUAGAUCUAUCCCAAGACUUUGACGGAGACAAAGACGUGGUCGAGCACAAGAGUGGUCAGAAGCACGGGACCAAGCGGAAGCGGGACGUCCUGGCCAGUGGAGCUGGAGGCAAGAUGAGCAAGCACUCCCUGGUCCCACAACACGUCAAAUCGGCUCUCGGGCCCGACGGCGCAGAAUGGGCGGAUGUGGAAAUGGUCGACGCCGAUGACCAGAAGAGCAUUGGCGCAAGCAGCGGAUUUGAAGACAACGACGAUGACGAGACGGACGAAGACGACGAGACGGACGGCGGCGAGCUGCAGCGUAUGAGAGACCGCCAAGGCGGCGUGGAUGGGGAGGACGGGCGCAAGUCCAAAUGGUGGCACACGUACCAGUACCGCCCAAUACUAGGCAUAGUGCCCAUCGAAAGCAAGCAGGAGGAGGACGGAGCAGUAAUUUCGGGGACCGCAAACGGCGCGACGGCUCACAGAGAUCCUGUGCCGCUGGAAGUCGCCCUCGUCGAGCGGCCGAGCUGGGACGUCGACUUGACCCCGCGUUACUUUGCCGAUGGCGAGUGGGACAGGUGA